UAUUAGAAAAAUAUUUUUCUAAUAAAUUAGGUACCUGCAUGACAAGACAACGCAAUUAAUUGUCUAUUGUUUUGAGUUGCUAUUACCAAUCUAGAAAUAAAGGAGCAAACCUUUAAAUAAAAUGAAUAACGUUGACACGGGCGAGCUAUUGAAUUUCCAAGAUUAUUCACCGGAGCACAAUGAUCGCAGUGCCCGGAUCGACGUGGAAGCAGUGCAUACAAGUCAAUACAGCAGUUCAAUGUCCAAUCCAAAUUAUGCCUUUGAAGAGCCCAAGAUACCUACAGAUGAGCCUGUAGCUGCUCCUCAAUCUAACCAUAACUUCUGGACAAUUCAAUAUUAUCAAAAAUACUUUGAUGUGCAAACAAGUGAAGUGGUGGAGCGCAUUAUAUCUUCAGUGCUGCCACAGAAAGUGUCCAGGAAUUAUUUUGAUGAGAGGAUAAAAGGCAAACCUGACUUGUAUGGUCCCAUAUGGAUUGCUGUAACAUUGAUAUUCACCAUAGCUGUCAGUGGCAAUAUAGCGAGCUACCUUCAAAACACUAAUAAACUACUGGAAUGGCGAUAUGAUUUUCAUAUUGUUUCUAUUGCUGCAACAGCCAUUGUAUGUUAUAUCUGGCUUGUUCCACUAGCUUUGUGGGCUGCUCUUAAGUGGACAAUUGUUCCAGAUGACCAGGAUGAAAUUGAAACACAGGCAUCAAAAUCUCCAUCAAUGAUUUCUCUUUUCUGCUUAUACGGUUACUCUCUCUCUAUCUACGUACCUGUGGCCGUACUCUGGACCAUCCAAGUAUUCUGGCUGCAAUGGCUGUUUGUUAUGAUGGCAGGGUUCAUAUCUGGGGCAGUACUUGUGUUCUGGCUCUUGCCUGCACUAAGAAAGUCUAAGUAUUUCAUAAUUUUGGGAGGCUGCAUAUUAGGAUGUCACUUCCUUUUAGCAACAGGAUUCAUGUUGUACUUCUUCCAUACACCGAAUAGCACCAUCAAACCCAUAGAAAAUAUCUCUACGUCUCUUAAACCAAUAUAAUCCGCUAAGAUGUUAUGUGAUAGUUUUUUAUUUAUUAUAUACUUAAGUCAUAAUUUGUUAAAUUUUAUUUAAUAAUGUAUAAAACAGCAUUUUCAAUUUUUGUCUGCACAAUAUGCACUUUGUAAAUAAGGCUAGUUUAAAUCCAUGAUAAA